AUGGAUGACGGCAAGCAUGGGAAAGCCAUUGAGCAUCAUGCUUCAGACCUGGAUAAUAAUCUCAGCAAGCAGAUGUCACGGCAACAACUGCAGCACAAACGCUCUCGCGAGACACGUUUCCAAAAUGACUUGGCGCAUCUUAUUCCUAGUCUCCGCCUUAGCCGAUGGUGGUUUGCUUCCUCUGCGUUUCCCAUGAUCGCAGCCACCCUUGGCCCCGUCGCCUCGGCUUUCAGCAUCUGCGCCUUGGGAUCUCAAUGGCGCCAAAAACUGGUUCCUGGACAGAAUGUUGACGAUGCGGUAUUUAUACAGGACCCUGCUUGGUACAUCUCUGCCAUAUGUCUUUUAUCCCUAAAUGCUACCGCUGCCGGUCCCCUUCAGUAUAAUCUUGAUCCACCACAGGACUACAUCUGGUCACAGGCUUUCUAUUACGGCAUAUGGGCAGCCAUUCUGUACUUUGUCGAUGCCUCACUGAUGGCCGUGACGUUUUGGGGAGCCUCUUCAGGCCAUUACCCCAAGGACUUCAACCUUACCCGUAGCCAACGCACCCUAAUGCUUCAGACUAUCCUCUUUCUGAUGUAUCUUCUCCUUGGAGCCCUCAUCUUUUCGAAAAUCGAGAACUGGAGAUACCUAGAUGCUGUUUACUGGGCCGACGUGACGCUCUUCACUGUUGGUUUUGGGGACUUUGCCGCCAACACGACGCUGGGAUGCGCGCUACUUAUCCCAUACGCUCUCAUCGGGGUUAUCAGCCUUGGUCUCGUUAUUAGCUCCAUUCGAAGCAUGAUUCUCGAACGUGGUAGGCGUCGACUGGAUGCUCGGAUGGAAGAGAAGAAUCGGAGAAGAUUCAUUCGCACAAUGACAAAAAGUGGCCACGAUGAAAUCCUGAGCCCGAUUGACGAUGAUACAGUCUCAAACUGGGGUCCGGAAAAUGCCGGUUUGCCACAAAAUGAAUUCGACCGCAGAAAAACCGAAUUUCUACUGAUGCGAAAGAUUCAACAACAGGCCUCAAUUCGUAGAAAAUGGAUGGCAAUGGCAAUAUCUACCGGCGUGUGGAUUUUGUUGUGGCUCGUUGGUGCCGUGAUUUUCGUCAGUGCUGAAGAGCCAUAUCAACAGUGGAACUAUUUCGAUGCCUUCUACUUCUGCUUCAUUUCACUCAUGACUAUUGGCUAUGGAGAUCGUACGCCGAACUCGAAUGCUGGCAAGUCAUUCUUCGUUUUCUGGUCACUAUUGGCACUGCCCACCAUGACGGUUCUUAUUUCCAACGCGGGCGACACGGUUGUCAAGUUUGUAACAGACGCAACAAUUCGUAUUGGCAACAUUACAAUCCUGCCCGGUGAGGAUGGUUUCACGGGGAAUGCAAAGUAUGUUGCCAAUCGUGUUUCGUUUGGCCGUCUGUUCCGCAGUGCAACCAUUACGAUUCGGGAGCACGAAAGGGAAAAGAGAAUACGUAAAAGGGCGGAAGACUUGACGGGCUUCGACCCCAAAGAUGUUAAAGACACAGAAAAACAACAAAACGAAUCCAGUCAUAGUGGUGGCUCGGCUUCUCAUGGACACCGAGAGGACGAUGAGGAGCGUCAAGGAAAACACAAACUUUGCCAAAAAACCGAAAUUCCUGCAGGCCGCCCUUCUUUAGCACAAGUACAAGAUCGUCUCGACGACCUACCUAUCGGCACGGAACUACAUCUACUACUCGUCAAGGAAAUUCAGACUGUGUCCCAGCAUCUUAGAGAGCCUGAGCCGCGGCGAUAUACAUUUGAAGAGUGGGCAUGGUAUCUGGCUCUAAUUGGAGAGGACGAACGGGACCCCUUGAAUCACCGAAAAGUGCUUCCUAAGGCGAAACACAGACGGACCAGAAGACACAAACACAAACACCACAAUCGUCAUCGUGACAAGGCGGAGCAAGGUCGUGAUCCACCUCAGGACGAUGUUGCCGAGACAAUUCGAGCUCCACGACCAUCUAUGCAGCUAGCAGCACCAAUCCCAGUCCAACUUCCUGAUACUGACGCCCAUCUCAAAUGGUCUUGGGUAGGCAAUCGUAGUCCUCUCAUGGGUGGACAGGAAGAAAGUGAAUGGAUUCUAGAUAAAUUGAUGGAAAGACUAGAAGAAUCCCUUUGGGAAACUAAAAUUGACGAAGACGAUGCCAAUUCGCCAUGA